UAAUAAGCGAAACUAUUGUAAUGUAUCUAGUACAAGAAUUUUUUAUUAAAUGUUGUAAUAUUUCAAGUAAGCUAGAAACUAGUGUUGCAAUAAAAUUAUUUAUUAAUUAAUUUACGUUUGGUUACGUUUAACAUUUGUAGUGAAGUUUAUGUGAAAUUGUUUCACUGUGAAUGUGUAAUUAGUGUAAAAAAUCUAAAAAAAAACCCUGCAAAACCCAGUUGGCACUGAUUUUUUUAGCAAUAAUAGCGAGCACUACAAUGUUUAACGUUUCCGACUUCCUAGUUAAAUCGAUCUUGAAAUUAAACAGUUAAUGAAGGAAGCCGACUCACUCGUAAAAUAGGAUCCUGACACCUCAAUUCGAUCGGAUUGCAUCAUGAAACGGCGGAACCCGCUGAAAGGUUGCAGGAUACCUGAGUUAGUAUAAAUAAUGAGCGAUGUGCAAACAUCGACACACUUCGUCUGAAGAAAUCAACUACAAUGAACACCUACAUCACUUUGGCUUGCGUGUUGGCCGUAGUCGCGACCGGCCACGGUUCAGCCAUAGGCUAUGGCGGCCUGGGCGGCUGGGGCGGAUAUGGAGGUUUGGGCGGAUAUGGUGGUGCAAUUGAAAUCAUCAAGACCCCCAUCCUGGCCCCAGCAAUUUCGACCCAGAACCUGAUCAAGGCUGCCCCCAUCCCCAUCAUUAAGAGCGUAGCAGUCUCCCCCAUCAUCACCGCCCCUGUCCUCAAGACCGUUCCCGUAUCUACCCUCGGACUGGGAAGCCUGGGCUACGGCCUCGGAGGAUACGGUUUGGGAAGCCUCGGCUAUGGCGGCUAUGGCGGCUAUGGCGGCUAUGGUCUCUAUGGCAAGGGCAAAUACUUGUAGAUAUCUUCGGACGAAGUAAACCAAUCGGCGCCAUGUACUCGUAUGUUCUUUGUUGAUCAGUACGCUAACUAAAUAAAGCAUUCUUCUUUA